AUGCCACUUGCCAUUGGAGAUGAAAUACAAGGUUUUUUGGGCACUGAUCAAGCUGCUAGUGAGAAAAGACUCAUUCAGGUUAAUGAACAUGAUGAAAUGAGGCUUAAUGCUUAUGAGAAUGCAAGAAUAUACAAGGAAAGGACCAAAACUUAUCAUGAUAAAAACAUUGUACAUAGAAGUUUUGAGCCAAGUCAAUUAGUCUUACUCUUUAACUCAAAACUUCGCUUAUUUCCUGGAAAGCUAAAGUCUAGGUGGUCUGGACCUUUUAUGGUAAAGGAAGUUUCCCUAUUUGGUUCUAUUGAAGUGCAAGAACCUGAAUUGGGAAGAACUUUCAAGGUUAAUGGCCAAAGGUUGAAAUUAUAUCUUGGAGGAGGUGUAGAUAGGCAAAGAUCUUGUAUAUCCCUUUCAUCUCCACCAUAA